UUGUCAUGCUUGUCUGAAGUCAAGUACUUUGAUAGUGUGUCUAAAUCAUGGAAGCCAUUUCCUGGUCUUGAACUACCAAGUCUUCAAAUCAAACCAGCAGCACUGUACACUGGAAAUUAUUUGUUCCUCUUUGAUGAGAAAGAUGUCCAUCAGCACCAGCUUGAUACACAUGCUUGGAAAACAUUACCACCUAUGAAGAACACGCAUUGUGAUUUCCAAGUGUGCAUGCUGGAAGAUUUCCUUUAUGUUAUCGGUGGCAGUGAAGUUAAUCACACUGUAGUAUCAGAGAGAUUCAGCUUCUCAAAGAAAACAUGGCAACGCCUUUCUUUCCAUGUAGAUCAAGGUCUGUAUGGCUAUGCCGUGGCUGUACACAAUGUCUAUGUUUAUUCCAUUGGUGGCUCUUGGGCUGAAGGAGGGGCAGAUCGUGGGGUGUUCAGAUUUAAUCCUGUGAAGAAUGAAUGGACAAAGUUGGCAGGAACAGUUUACAGCCACACCCAGGCCUGUGCCUUUGAAGCUGGGGGAAGAUUGUAUGUUGCAGGUGGUAAAACAGACCCACCCAGCAAGCGUCAAAGGGGACUUGUUCCAUCCAGCUAUGUUGAGGUAUAUGAUGAAGAAAAUAACCUAUGCUGUUCUGUUCCACAGCCUCACAUACCACCUGGUAAUUUUGGAGCUGUGGAGAUUGAGGAUCACAUUUACUUUAUACUUGGAAGCAUUGCCUUUGACAGUGGGAUCCGAAUUGGUGCUGAGGAGGUUUAUCAUGUCAACAUUGAAGAUUGGGAGCCAAUUUCUCAGAAUGAUACAGAUGCAGUGUUUGUUUAUAUGCCUGUGAACAGAACUAAGACUGAUCAAAUGAAACAAAAAUUGACAGAAAAUCAUGAAGCUUCAGAUGAGCUGUUGCUUGAGAACAGUUAAUUGCAAAAAAGUAUCUGAUAUAUUCGGAGAAUAUUCCAAUUUCAUCGUCAUAAAAAUGCCCUUAUGGGGAUUGUUAAGGCCAUAAAAACAACAAAGUCAAUCAUAGAGAUUUUGAAUUUAGUCCAAGUUGCAUUUGGAGACUAUUUCAGUGAGAUACCGGCAUUUAAACAUUGACCAAUUAUUUGCAAUCAUCCUAAUAAUCACCUGAGUCCAUAUCAACUAAGAAAACACAUCAGCACCCUGGUUUCAUAAAGAGACAUCAGGCUUAGACUUUUUCAAAUUUAUAGGAGGCAUUUCGAAAAAAAUUGCGCAAACAGCAUUUUAAUGAAAAGCCUAAUUUGAAAUCAGUGUUGAUAUUUUAAUGCAAUAUAAAUAAAACCCAAAGAAAUGUAUGAAGGCGCAUAGUAUUUGAUAAUGUAACAGUAAUGGAGAAUAUUCUACCAAUCCUUCACAACCGCCCCUUUGUCACGUUACGUAACACGAAUCCCAUAUUGGAAGGUAUGUGUCAGUCUUCCUUGAUUUCAUUUUGAUUUAGAAAUUUUUUUACUGAGUUUCUCCUCUGAGCGCAGAAUGAAUCUUAAAACCAUAACGUUCGACUUGCUUUGUGCCGUGAUUAAUCAAACAGAAAGAAAAACGAAAUAUUUCCGUCACGCAAGACAUUCGUCUCAGACAUCUGGAUCAUUGUCAAUAUGUGAGCAACUGCACACCUACCACUCACCGAACCACUUACGGUCAUCUUGUGGUUAAUGUUGGGUUAGGGGAGGGGCUGGUGUGUAGUUACUCAUGUUGCGUGAUUAUUUGAUUUUAUUGGUCACACGAUGAUUUGCCCCAGUUUCUGCUCCUCCGGAUCGGUAAAUUCCUAAACUUCAAAAUGGUUGUAAACAAUUCCGAGACUCUUUUGUCCAAAUGUGCUCAGUUUAGAGGCGAGGAGCAGUUCAUUGUUGUUCGAUUAAAAGUUGGUGAAGACAUCUUUCCAGCUCAUCGCAUCGUGCUGGCUGCGAAUAGCGAUUAUUUCUACGCCAUGUUUACAGAUGGAAUGAGAGAAGCAAAUCAGGAAGUGAUCGAGCUGAAAGACGAGAGUAUUUCACCUGAUAUUUUAACGAUCAUACUGGACUCCAUCUACACCGGAGAGCCUCACCUCAACGAAGAAAACGUGUUUGAAGUUCUUGCUGCAGCAGAUCAUCUUCAAGUGACGAGUGUUGUUCAACAGUGUUGUGAUUUCCUGCUCACCGAGUUUGUGAAGCUUCGCUUUGAUUUUGAAAAAUUCUGCCGCACCUGGAAAAUCGCUGAUAGCCAUGGCUUGAAAGAUCUGCAAGAAGCUGCCGAGUAUAAAAUUGCUAAGAUGUAUAAAGAUGUCUGUGAAAGCGAAGAAUUUUUGACCCACAUCGAAGUAGAUCAGUUAUUCAGCCUUCUCAGCCGAGAUGACCUCAGUGCACCGACCGAGACGUUCAUCUUUAAAUCGGUGAUGCAGUGGAUUAAACACAAAAAGGAAGAGAGAAUGGAAGUUGCGGCCAAAAUUAUUGGAGCCGUUCGUCUGGGGUUGGUGAACAUCAGAGAGGUUAUAGCGGAGCUCAAUACGCAAGAAAUGCGAGUCAUUCCAGAGAUUCACACGCUUUUGCACGAAUCACUGUUGUACAGCUACGAGCCUUCAGCUAGCUCCGAGUUCGCUACCAACAAAACAAAACCAAGGUCCAUGAAAUCGGUAAGAAAACCACUUGUUUAUCUUUCUAGAUCUCAGGAAAGGUCCCAGGCAGGCUAGUGGGCUAAUUAGAUGCCCUUUAUCCUAAAUUAAAUUUUAUUCAAAUAGUAAAACAAAUACAACACAAAUAAAAGACAGGAAAAGAGGAAUCACACCUUAAACAAAAGAUAAAGUCAGAAUUCUCCAAAAUUUCAGAAUAAGGCCAACGAAAGACUUCUUUGAUUCAAAAAUGUUUCCAGGCUUACUAAAAGUCUAGCAAAAUCCUGAUACAGUUAUAAAGUAAUGAGAGCUACAAUAUACGAUGACAUAACUUGGAUAUUUUCGAAGGGUGUGGGAAAAUUAAAUGGUCUGUCAAAGAUAUUGUUCGAAGUCACAUGAUCACAAUUUGACGUCGUUGGUGGGAAGUGUCGGAGAUUUAUGGCAGGACCGUGAAGAAAGGGAUCAACUGCAUAUCGUAAUCGAUGCAGUAUUGAUAGAGUUUACCUUGAAUUUUCAUAAAAUCCAUGAUUUUCAUCUAACCCGUUGGUAUUCUUGACAGGUACUUGUGGCCAUUACUCCUCAAGCCCAGAUGCAGUACUUUGAUUUUGAAAUCAAAGAAUGGAAACCUCUUCCAACCAUGGCUCAGUUGACUGAGGCAGAUGCGUGUUUCUGUGCAGAGUAUGUCGGUAAUCACCUGUAUGUAGCGGGAAAAAAGGAAGAAUAUUUUGUUACUUAUCGAUAUGAUACCGUUAGUAAUACUUGGAAGACGCUACCGCCUAUUUUAGGGUGUGAGCACAAGAUCGAUUCUUUAUGUUCUAUCGAUGAUUAUAUCUACGCAAUCAGAGAAUCGCAGCCACCCCAUAGGUUUAGUUUAAAAACAAAUCAGUGGCAAUGCAUAAAUUCAUUUUACAUCACAGGAGUUCGUCCAAACGCAUUUUGUUGUAAAGCGUCCGCAGUUUUCAACUCGUGUUUGUUUGUAGUUCAUGGUAUUGAUAGAGUGCUGAGAUCUAACGGAAGUAUUCCUUUUAGUUAUGAGAAUAAACCAGCCGUGGUUUGUUGUUUUGAUCCAGAACUAAAUCAAUGGAAAGCUAGGGCAUCAGCUAAUUGUAGUCAUUUUGGAUCCAGCCUCUUUGUAGUAAACGGUAGACUAUGCAUUGCAGGGGGCAUAGGUCCUCCUAUGUGCAAUUCUGUCGCCCCAGUUGAAAUUUAUGAUGAGCAGAACAACAAGUGGUCUUAUGUUGAACAAAGCCACAUUCCAAACAAUAAUCUCGGUGCGGUUGAAGUAGAAGGGAGGGUGUAUUUCAUCAUCAAUAAUUUCCCAAUUGAUAGUGGAAUUAGGAUUCCACCAGGAGAAAAGUAUCCUGUGCCUUUAGAUGAAUGGGAGAAUCUUAGAAAGGUUGAUUAUAACGCAGUGUUGUGCUACCUACCUGUGAGGAACGAGAGUUUAACAGCAGAGCAAUGCUUGUAAUUUGAAUCAAAUUUGCUGUUGUUAACUCUGUCAGCUGAAGAAUAAAUACAACUUUAAGUCAGUCUAAUUAAAGUGCCGGGGUGUUGUCCUAGCUCAAAAGCUGAAUGCUUUUUGGUUUACAUGAAUGUCGGUAGAACUCGUUCCGAUUUAAAAGACGUAAGUUAAGAACCCGGCUUUGUUAUUUCCCAACAGGGAUUAUUAACAGAUAUUUUUCUAAUUCACUUUCUUGGCGUAAAUGCAUCAUUAUUUUAAAAAGGAAGUCUUGCCGUUUGCUAUGAGUAUUUUACUUGAAUAAUAAAGACGAAUUGCUGAAUAAAAAACGUGCCAGUUUAUUCUUUUCAUGCUUAAUCAGAAAUAAUUUUCUGGCCUUCCCAUGGGGCGAGUAUUGAGACAAAAGUUCAUGCCGCUGUAUCUUACCAGAGAACUAUGGUUAUGGGACCCCUGUGAGCUAAAUAAUAAUCUGUAGUAAAUCCCUUUUUUAGACGCACUUUUCAUAAGAACAUCUCUCUGAAUCUUAUUCGUAUGUAUAGUCACCUGCAAAAACGGAAAAAUAGUCACAGUUGUGGUAUAUCCGCCAUGUUCCGCUCAGUUGGCCGGAUUGAGCUCACAUUCUAGAGUUAAAACAUCAGCACUGGGUUGGAGACCUCUCCAAACAGUGCUCGGGUGUGAAAUCUGUCGUUAGUGUAUAUCUUAUCAACUUUUUACGAAAUAUUAACUAAUUGCCUUGAGAAAGCCUUCAACUGUAAUUUAAAUACUAACGCCGGCUAGCUUCUGGCGAUUUUCAUCCUAAAGAAAAACAAAGUGUGUACGUAAGUAAUUACAGCAGAAUACAGGGACAAGAAGAUUUUAAAAAGUCAUUCCAGGCAAAAUAUAUGACUUAUAAUGAAGUGUUUUAUGGAGAGAAGAUGUAAAUGAAGAUGAACGUCAUACGUUUGAUGAAUUUGUCAAUGAUUUUAGGAUAAAUUUCGAUUUAUUUACUACAUCGACCUUCUUCCGAUAUACCACUAUUUUUAUGCCCCAACAGAAACCCCGUUAUCGAUAUCUUUGCACGUUAAUCUUUUCAUCACUGGGCGUAUGUCAACGGUAACUAAGCAACCAAUACAAGUGGGAAUUAGUAUAGUUUUCAGAGGGAGAUCACGCGAUCCACGUACAAAGACAUUUUGGUUUCCUUCGAAGUUUCUGCAAGCAAAGAUCUCCGCUGAUUGAAACAGCACAAAGAUGGUGGCCCAUUCUAGAAUUCUCCUCUCUAAGUGUUCCCAGUUCCGUAGAGAAGGAGAAUUUAUCGACAUACGUUUGAAAGUGGGUGAUACACUUUUCCCAGCUCACCGAGUUGUACUUGCUUCGUAUAGCAAUUAUUUCCACUCCAUAUUUACAGAUGGGAAAGAUGCCAACCAGGAAGUGAUCGAAAUGAACGACAAAAGCAUUUCACCGCAGAUACUCAAGAUCGUUAUGGACUCCAUGUACACUGGUGAUCUUCAUGUCAACCAGAAGAGCGUAUUUGAGGUUCUUCUCGCAGCUAGUCAGCUUCAAAUCUCAAGUGUUGUUCAACUGUGUUGUGAUUUCGUAAGGAAGGAAUUCAUAGAAAACGGAAUUGACCUGAAGAACUACUCCGCGCUGUGUACAGUCGCCGAAAGACUCGGUCUGAGAGAUCUGCAAGAGGCAGCAGAGGCCAAGAUGGCAUCCAUGUACAAAGAUGUUUGCGAAAGUAAAGAAUUCCUGACUCACGUCGAUGCAGAUCAACUACUCAGCCUUCUUGGUCGAGAUGACCUCAAUUCACCCUUUGAAGCUUUCGUAUUUAAAUCAGUGAUGAAGUGGAUCAAAUACAAAGGGGAAGAGAGGAUGGCAGUUGCUGGAAAAGUUAUCGGAGCUGUUCGUCUGGGGCUGGUAGACGUUAAGAUUGUGAUCGAAGAGUUGAAAACAGAAGAAAUGCAGCGAUUUCCCGAGGUAAACAUGCAUCUACAAGAAUCCAUGAUGCAUCACUGUAUGCCUUCACAUGAAUUUGCUGCAGAGAAAAUGAAACCAAGAUCAAUGUCUCCGGUAAGAAUGUAA